UGUGCUUUGAUCGCGUCCUUAUUUCACUCCUCUAACGACAAUACCACCACAUAUCUAAACAAAGCACAUAAGAAAAUGAGCUCAUUAAAACGUUUACUGGAAGAUCCUAACAGCCCCUUGGUUCAAGCGGACAUGAAGAAAGCGCUACAAGCAGAGAUCUUUGAUAAACUUCCCUUGGAUGCUGUUGAAUCGCUCAUUGACUUGCUGCCACCAGCUGAUCUUAUUUUCAUACGCGCCAAACCAGACGACGGACCUGACGAUAAGUUAGAAGUCGUGCGACCUGAAUCGAUCGACCACGUCAAUCGUCUAAAACAAGAUCCUUGGAGCGCGCCUUAUAUUUCGCCUCAAGUGUUUGACAACCAAGACUUCAAAGUAGCCAUGGAAGAUUUCUUGGUUUUGCUGAGCGAAGGCUAUUAUCAAUCAGAAGACGAAGAAGAAGUGCAACAACAGUGUGCAAUUGAAUCGUCGAUAACAGAAGCAGCGACAGCACCACAAGAUGUGAAACCAGGAAGAGGCAAACGGAAGCUAAACAAUUCUGCAAAAAACAAGAGAAAGUUUGAGGAGGAAGUCGAGGACGGAUACAAGGACGACCAAUAUGAACGAUACUGGGGAGAACGAUUAAAAAAGAGCCAAAAGCUGCAACAGCCACCAACAAAGAAACGCGGAAGACCACCCAAAGUAGUGCAGUAGCAAUUAAUAAUAUACUUUACAAAAUAAAAAGAACAAUUUAUUUAAUUUGAGUCCUAGAGUCGCCGAAUGUCUACU